AUGACACCCUCCGCUCGCGAUGCCAACUUCAAUGAAGAGGCUUUGUCUCGACUAUGCAAAGCUAUCCAGGACGACAUCGACAAUGGACGAAUGUUUGCCGCUUCGAUCAUCGUCGGGAGAGGAGGAAAUAUUGGCCUACAAAAAGUGUUCGGCACAGUGACCCCUGACGGCCGGGCUGCUUGCGAUGAUGACAUCUAUCUCGCAAUGUCAGUCUCAAAGUCUUUUACUGCCGCACUCAUUCUCCGAGCCGUCGACCAAGGUCGUUUUACCUUGGACACAAAGGUCGCCGACAUUCUUCCCGACUUUGCCAUUGGCGGCAAGCAGAAUGUCACCAUUCGCCAGCUCCUCAACCAUACGGCUGGCACAUUCCGUGGUUUCCUGCCCCCAGGAAUCUCUGCGGAAAAUCUAGGCAAUCUCGAUCAGUAUUACGCCUCUGUUGCGAGUAUCCCGAUUGACUAUGCCGUCUUGGGAAAGAUCCUGGUCGCCACAGAUCCAAAGGAACGCAACUUCCGCACUAUUGCCAAAGAAGAACUGUUUGACCCGCUAGGCAUGGAACAUUCUUGCUUUGGCCUGGCUGAGGAUCACGAAAACCGAGUCCCAAACCAUACGGGGUCACUAUCAAAAGAUGCACUUGUCCCUGAGAAGGAGGCCAGAAACAUGCCCGAUUCUCCGGCCUUGUACUCUCUGCUUGGAGGAUACGUUCGAGGUGACGGUCAUUACUUGACAGGUGCUGGAUACACGGCCUCUCCUCGAGCCUUCUAUGGUGUCGGUGGAGGCUCGACCAUGUGGAUGGUGGAUCCAGACCGCGAUCUCACCGUGUGCUUCUUCAGCGCUGGGUUCAUCGAGGGACUUCACCACCUUGAGCGCCUAUCCAAGAUAAAUGACGUUGCGCUAUCGGCUUGCAAUUGGUAG